AUGCAAGGCUCGAGACAAUGUCUGGACUUCGUCGUGGCUUGGCCUCCGUGCUGGGUGACCAAAGCAUUCGCCACAGUCUGGAGAACCUCGGAGCCGAGUUGCCACCGUUGGAGACUCGCUCGGUGCCUAGAUCACCUCCCCCCCAACAAACUCGACAACAAGGCUACACCUCGAACGAAGGCAGCGGAGUCCCAUGUGCGAAAAAGGAGACGUUUUACAAGUGCCUGGCGCUGGGCGAAGGCUUGCAGGCCAAGCUCCUGGCGGCAGAGGCGCGACCGAAGGUUUCUGGCGCGAUGCCAGCCAGUUUUGAACAGCGGACGCGAUGGAAGGAGAGGCCAAAGCGCGUUCCUGUGUUCCAUACUGCAGGGGCUUCCUGCUGUAGCCCUUCGAAUAUGGGAGUUGUUCCCUCCCGAGACCGGGAGCAGAGGUGUUAACACAGCGGAGACCACGGAUUCGGGAGAUACGCUGAUGCACGUUGUCUGCAGAGCCAAGAAGUUCGACAGUCUUUACUCAGAGCUGGCAUCAAAGAUCCUCUGCGCAUGCAGAAGUACGCCAAUCAUUUGCCAGAAGAAUCUGGCAGGCCAGACAUUCCUGCACGUUGCAGCAGGGCGUCUGAAUUGCAGAGUACUGGCGCAAUGCCUGGGGACUGUCCCAGAGUUGGCAAACUGGGCUGUCAAGCCUGAUUCUUCGGGCCAGACACUGCUGACCAUGCUUGCACAGCAUCUUCGAUGUUUGGGCGAAGCGCCAGCUCCAGAUGCUCCAGUGACAUCUCGUGAUGAAGUUCAAGGAGCUCAACCAGCAUCCAAACCCGCAAGUGGUGCAGAGGUGACGCUGGAGGUUGAGGAUGAAGUCUCCGGCAAGCCCGUAUGUGUCCACUGCAAGGCUUCCAUCUUCGAGGGCACUGCCUGGGCUUCUGUGCGAGUUGGUCGCAUCAAGGUGGACUCUGCUUGCUGCAGAAGCGCUUCUGCGGUAAGAGCUGCGGUGUCGUUUCUGGAUGGGGAGCCACUAUCGAUUACAGAUGGUCGAGCUCUUUGGCAACUAUUGAGUUUGACCGUCCAGUAUCGGCUGCCCAGUGAGCUGAGACUUGCUUCGAUUUCUGCUCUGCUGAGGAGCCUGGAGGAUCCAAUCAACGCGCCUGUUCUGCCGAUGCUCAUCCGUGGCGGACAAGCAGCGGGCCUUACCUUAGAGCAGCGCCGAUACGUGUUGUACAAGACGCUGACCAUGCCUGAUGCCCUGCUGUCAGCAGGACAUUCCGAUGAUGGCAUUCAGAGGCAGGCGAAGGUCCUGCAGGCUGUGCUCUCUGAGAUGGAGCAUCAGAUCGUGUACAAGAAGCAUGCCAGGUCCCAGAGCAACCGUGAUGAAGGUGCCACAGCGAGCACCAGGUGCGCACCCAGAGCCUUUGACAUUCCGCUCAAUGGCCCGGAGAUGAGGGAGCGUGGAUGA